AUGGCCGCCUCUGUCUCCGCGGCUGCCGCUGCUGCGCUUGACAGCUCGAAAAACACAUUAAAACUCGAGAAUACAGAGAAAAGAGAUACACUUAUUGCUCUUGAGAAAAAAUAUCAGGCAUUAUGGAAGGAGAAAAAGGUCUUCGAGGUGGACGCUCCAUCUCUCUCGGAAAUCCCUGCGCAAAGCAUGUCUUCGGCUGAGCUCCAAGAGAAGCACCCAAAGUUCUUUGGAACCAUGGCCUUCCCCUAUAUGAAUGGAACUCCCCAUGCCGGACACAGUUUCACAGCGAGUAAGGUCGAGUUUAUGACUGGAGUUGCGCGAUUGGAAGGAAAACGGGCUUUGUUUCCCCUUGGAUUCCAUUGUACUGGUAUGCCCAUUAGGGCGUGUGCAGACAAGCUGGUGGACGACAUCAAGAAAUUCGGCAAAAAUUUCGAGAAUUAUAAGGAAGAGGAUGAGGCUGAUGCUGUGCCUGCCCCAACCCAAGAGAUCGCUAAAGAGGACUUGUCGAAAUUCUCUGGUAAAAAGAGCAAAGCGGCCAGCAAAGCUGUUAAGUUGAAAUACCAAUUCCAAAUCAUGAUGGCUUUAGGUAUACCCCUUGAGGAAGUUCACAAAUUCGCUGAUCCAGAGCAUUGGCUUCAGCAUUUCCCACCUCUAUGGAUAAGAGAUCUCGACAGUAUGGGUGCAAGAGUAGACUGGCGAAGACAGAUGGUAACAACCGAUGUCAACCCCUAUUUUGAUUCAUUUGUUCACUGGCAGAUGAUCCGUCUCCACGAAAUGGGAAAAAUUCUAUAUGGAAGUCGGUACACAAUUUACUCACCAAAGGAUGGCCAGCCUUGUAUGGACCACGAUAGACUUGAUGGGGAGGGUGUUGGGCCUCAGGAAUAUACGGCAAUGAAAUUGAAGGUCAAAGAGUGGUCUCCGAAAGCAAAGGAGAUCGUCCAAAGCAAAAUUGAAGAGGAUGCAAAUGUUUACUUUGUCCCUGCAACAUUGCGGCCGGAGACCAUGUAUGGACAGACUUGCUGUUUCGUGGGUCCUGCCAUUUCAUAUGGUCUUUUUAAGGUCAAGGAGAAGGAAUAUUAUGUUGUUACGAAGAGAGCAGCCUGGAAUAUGGCAUUCCAAGGAAUUUUCUUUGAUGUUAAUAACCUCCCCAAGUCCCAGGAUGAGUUGCCCCCAGUCGUUGAGGCCCCUGGUUCCGCACUCAUCGGUACUCUUGUUGAUGCUCCACUUUCCUUCCACAAAGAAGGCGUUAGAAUUCUUCCCAUGGAGACUGUGUCCGCUAGCAAAGGAACUGGUGUUGUUAGCUGUGUACCAUCUGACAGCCCUGAUGACUUUGCAACCAUUUCGGAUCUCGCAAAGAAAGCCGAUUAUUAUGGCAUCCAAAAGGAGUGGGCAGAGCUUGAAAUCCACCCGCUUAUUGAAACGCCGACUUACGGUAACCUCACAGCUCCAGCUCUAGUGAAGCAGCUUAAGAUAAACUCGCCAAAGGAUACCGUCCAGCUUGCUCAAGCCAAGGAUCUAGCAUAUACUGAGGGCUUCUACAAGGGUAAAAUGCUUGUUGGUGAAUUCAAGGGAGAACCCGUUCAAACUGCCAAGGAGAAGGUCCGCAAUUCUCUUAUCAAGAGUGGUGACGCCUUUCCAUUCGCUGACCCCAUGGGCAAAGUUACGAGCAGAAGUGGUGAUGAUUGUGUUGUUGCAUACCUUGGCCAAUGGUUCCUCAAUUAUGGUGAAAAUGACCCCGAAUGGCAGAGCACUACGCUCAAAUAUGUCACAGAUGACUUGAAUACUUACUCGGAAGAAACAAGGCACGGUUUCGAAAAGAACCUUGACUGGCUCAACCGCUGGGCUUGCGCCAGAACUUACGGGUUGGGAUCGAAACUCCCCUGGGACCCGCAGUUCCUUGUUGAGAGUUUGAGUGACAGUACCAUAUAUCAGUGCUAUUACACUAUCUCUCACCUUCUUCACGCAGACAGAUACGGAAAGGAACCCGGCAAGCUCGGCAUCAAGCCUGAGCAAAUCACCAAUGAUAUUUGGGAUUAUAUCUUUGCCAGGCGUGAUCUUGAUGAUGAUCUAGCCCAAAAGAGUGGAAUCAGCAAGGAAUCUCUUUUGACUUUAAGACGGGAAUUUGAAUAUUGGUACCCACUCGAUGUUCGAAUUUCUGGAAAGGAUCUCAUCCAAAACCAUCUUACCUUCUUCCUCUACGUCCACAUUGCUCUAUUCCCACGAGAAUACUGGCCUCGUGGCGUGCGAGCCAACGGACAUCUUCUUCUUAAUGGAGAAAAGAUGAGUAAGAGUACUGGAAACUUUUUAACUCUCAGGGAUGCCGUUGAUAAGUACGGUGCGGAUGCCACCCGUAUCGCUUUUGCAGACGCUGGUGAUGCCAUUGAGGAUGCCAACUUUGAUGAAACUGUGGCCAACAGCAAUAUUCUCCGUAUGUAUACUCUCAAAGAAUGGAUUGAGGAGACCGUUGCAGACAAGUCUCUCCGCACUGGACCUACAGAUGCAUUCUUGGACAAAGUGUUUGAUAAUGAAAUGAACGCGCUUGCUAGGGAGGCAAGAAAGCACUAUGUCGACACCAAUUUCAAACUAGCUUUGAAGUCUGCUCUGUAUGACUUCACUAGCGCAAAGGACUUUUACCGUGAGGUGGCCACCGCUUCUGGUAUUGGUAUGCACCGUGAUCUGAUUCUUCGAUAUGUCGAGUUGCAAGCACUCUUGAUAAGUCCAGUUGCGCCUCAUUGGGCAGAGCACAUGUGGCUCGAUGUUCUAAAGAAGCCGGACUCCAUCCAAAAUGCCCGCUUUGCCGAUGUUCCAGAGCCUUCCCCUGGCCUGUCAUCAGCUCUUACCUAUAUCCGCUCUACAACUUCGAACAUCACUUCCUCGGAGGCAGCCUUCAUUAAGAGAAUUUCCAAGGGCAAAAACGUUAAGUUUGACCCCCGAAACCCUAAGAAGAUUACAAUCUUUGUCUCUAGGAAGUUCCCGGCAUGGCAAGAUAAAUACAUUGAGCUUGUCCGUGAAGCUUUUGAUGCUGUCCACUUAACCAUUGAUGACAAGGGACUCAAUGGCAAGGUUGGCAAGCUCGGUGAGAUGAAGAAAGCUAUGCCAUAUGUCCAAACCUUGAAGAAACGUCUGAUCCAAGGCAGGGAAAAGCCAGAAGAUGUUUUCAGCCGAGAAAUGCCCUUUGAUGAGGUCCAAGUUCUUCAUGACAUUACUGGGAACCUGAAGAAGGUUACUGGGGCUAAGGAGGUUGAGAUCAUCGCUGUUGAAGAAGGUGGAAAUGCAGGAACCAAUUUCGAAGGAGUUAGGAAAGAAGACUUGUCCCCUGUUGCACAAAACGCGGUUCCUGGACAACCUAGCUUUAACUUCGAGAAUAUCGAGGCCGCCGCAUGA